UAAAGGCAUCAUACGUCAGUUGAAAUGGCACCGAAAACCAGCGGAAAGGCCGCCAAAAAAUCCGGCAAAGCACAGAAGAGUAUUGUCAAGGGAGACAAGAAGAAGCGUAAGCAACGCCGGAAGGAAAGCUACGCCAUCUACAUCUAUAAGGUGUUGAAACAAGUCCACCCGGACACCGGAGUUUCGUCCAAAGCCAUGAGCAUCAUGAACAGCUUCGUUAACGACAUUUUCGAACGCAUUGCUAAUGAGGCUUCUCGUCUGGCACACUACAACAAACGUUCGACGAUCACUUCCCGCGAAGUACAAACCGCUGUUCGUUUGCUGCUGCCCGGAGAGUUGGCCAAGCACGCUGUCUCGGAAGGCACCAAAGCUGUCACCAAAUACACCAGCUCCAAGUAAAUUCUUCUGACCAUUGCACUUAAA